AUGAGUUGGAUCUAUUCUCUAUCCAAGUGUGAUUUUGUGGAGGCAUUACUGUUGAAAGCUGUGAUGGUUUCUAAUGAUAUGAAACCCAAUUUAGUUACCUAUAAUGCUCUUAUAGGCUGCCUGUGUAGAUUAAGUAGGAGUGUGAAGGGUGAGUCCUUAAUGAGAGAAAUGGUUGAAUUUGGUGUGAAUCCUAAUAUUGCUACUUGCAAGGCUUUGAUAAAUGGAUUCUGCAAGGAAAGGAAUCUUGAUAAAGCAGAAUCUCUACUUGGUUCAAUUGUUGAAGAAUUUGAAAUUUAUGAUGUCGGGAGUGAUUUCGAAUCAGCUGCACUGAUAUUAGGGAGGGAUGAGAAUUCAAUGGAGUUUAAUCUCAGUGUGAGGACAGAUGGUAAAGGGAAGUUCAAAGCUAUUAAGCUUUCUUCAAGUACAGGGCGAGUAUUUUGA